AUGGCCUUUCCGAGAACUGAGAUGAGUUUCGCCAUAGCCUUGUUGGCCAUGUUCUGCAUAGGAGGAGCCAUGGCUCAAACAUCUUCAGCUUGCACUUCUGUGUUGAUCAGCUUAUCUCCAUGCCUCAACUACCUUUCCGGUAACUCUUCCACUCCAUCUUCUAGCUGCUGCUCUCAGCUCGCAAAUGUUGUUCGAUCACAACCACAAUGCCUCUGUGAGGCCCUCAAUGGCGGUGGCUCUUCUGGCCUUAACAUUGAUCGGACUCGAGCUGUUGCUCUCCCUACUUCUUGCAAUGUUCAAACUCCACCCCUCAGCCGCUGCAAUGCUGGAUCACCGUCCAAAUCUCCAACAGGAGCUCCAGAAACUCCCUCAGAUUCUGGGUCCAAGACUAUACCAACAACUGAUAGUGGCUCAUCAGAUGCUAGUUCUUCCAAGAUCGCAACGUCCAUGAUCUUCUUCGCCCUGUUUAUUGCAUAUUCUACCAUAUCGCUCGUUUGA